GUUGUGUUGCGGAGUGGCGUAAACGCGACCCGAAAAGAUGAGUGAAGUGAUGCUACAAGUGAAUAGGUCUCACAUGUACUCAUCUAGCCAGGCUGUUUAAGCAUGUCCACAGAUGACAGCAUCUCUGAAGAUGUAUCUAGCUCUGUGGCGCUGAGCCACGACCACACCAGCGCCAAUGGAGGCAAGGAGAGCGAGGCCUCCAUGGUCUCGUCUGAGGGGACCGUGUCUGGCUUGGCUAUUACUGAAGAAGCAGCUGUGGUCAAUCAACCCUCCAGCACACCAGCAUGCAAUAUUUCUCACAACAUAAGGAAUUUGUGUCUUGGCCCUAAGGAUGACUUUAGCUCAGGGAGAGGCCUGCCCUUCAUCAACCCCAGUUCUUUGGACACACUUCGAGCUUUGGUGCAUGAGAUCCAGAGCAGCGAAACGGAUCCUGAGAUCUGGAAGAACUGUGAGGGCAGGUGGCUACAUCUCUUUCAGCUAGUGGAGAAGCAAUACCAAGAACAAAUUCUUGCUCAGCAGGAACAGUAUCAGUGCCAAAUCCAGCUCAUCCAGGAUGAAAUCAAAGCAUUAGUGCAGCUACAGAACCGGCAAAGUGACGCACAGGUGAACCCCUCAGGCACAGCCAGUCUAGCAUCGCGACCCCUCAUUCUUCCAAAGGCUUCAGUCAACCACCAUGAGAUCUCUGAGGAGGGUCUGCUGACGGCCCAGAGCAGCGGCUAUGGCACUCUGUCCACCUGGGAGCCUGGAACCAUGACGGGAAGUCUGGAGGUAACGUCAUUGUAUAAAAAGCAGGACCAUGGGAGCAGGACCAUACCAAGCAGGACUGGCAGUCUGAAUGAUGCACUCCAUAAAACUUCUUCAGCUGUGCCAAAACUCACCGCUGACCAGCAGAGACCAAACAGUCAACCGUUGACCUCCUGGGCUCAGAGGCAAAAACACAGACAAAGAAAACACAAAGUGGCACAAAACAGACCCCUGCAAUUGGAGCGGAGAGAGGAAAUCAGGUCUGGUGGAUCUCCUAAGGAACAUACGAUCCACAUAGAUGAUCCUGGCUGCACUUCAGCUUAUUUAAACCCUGCUCUGCUCAAGAGAAGUGACAGCAUAGCAUCAGAAGCUUCAGGUCUGACCUACUGGAAGCUGGAUGAAAAUGAGCUCUACCACCCUCUACCAGACAGCUUUGAGAAUAAUUCUUUCCUUCUAAUGCAGGAGACAGGGUUGCUGAGUCAGCCUUUGGAAGAUGAAGCUAGACUGUCUGUGUCUCUGAGAGAGAUUUACCAGAACAAGCAGAAGGGAGAGACCAAAGGCCAGGAGUGGGACUCGCUAAUCAACUCAGAUGCUUCCUCUCCUCAGGUGUUUACUCUGGAUCCUUCACCUCACAAGAGGCAGUCUGAGCGCACGUCAGGCUUCACCUCGCCCUCACGCUUAAGCAGCCCUACUUCACCCAUGUCGCACACCUCACACACUGCCCCCCGUCCUUACAGUGAGGACGAGGCCAGCCAUACAGCCACCGUGAUGCUUCAGCCCACCAGCUUGUCCGUACAGCAACAACACACAAACGGCAGGACGCCGGCGGCUUCUCCCUCGCUGGAUGACCCAGUGGUGCUCUCACUACUAAGACAGAACCUGAGGGAGAAGCAUGCACGGCACAUAGCAGAUCUUCGAGCAUACUACGAGUCAGAGAUUAACACCCUGAAGGAAAAGCUGAACUUAAUUGAUUUACCUCUAGAUGUGGAGAAAAGCAACGAGAUCCUAAUGGAAAGGUGCGAGCACUUGGAAAGGGCCCUUACAGAGGCGAGUACACGCAUCAGAGAGCUGGAGAACAAGAACCGGCACUUGGAGAAACAGCUGGCAGAGUGGCCGGAGCGCUACGAUGCAGCUAGUUCCACAGUAAAGGCUCUGCAGUGUCGCUUAGAAGAAACCAAGCAGAGCAGCAGGGAAAAAGAGAGCACCAUAAACAAGCUGAGGAACCGGCUGCGCCAGCUAGAGGAGGCUGUCCAGGACACCUGCAAGGAGGUGGACGAGAAGGAGGCGCGCAUGAAGCACGAGCACAAGAUGCUUCAGGAUCUGCUUCAGGAGUAUGACUUAUUAAGAAAAGAGCAUGAGGAAGUAAAGGACAAUUUGGUGUCGACUGAAAAUAAACUCUUUGAUGCUAAUGAACAAAUAUCAGAAUUGAAAAGGCUUAUUUCCAAACUGGAGGCGCAAGUGAAGCAACUGGAACAUGAAAACAUGGCCAAAAGUCGUCAGGCUUUACACAACCAUUUGCAAACCACAGGAGUUGGAUUAUUCCAUCAGCCUGAUCUGCUUUCACCAAGCCAAAGGCGGCGCAGUGUAGAAUUCAGCACAAGGAGUCCUGGAGUUUCUGACCUAAUGGCUCAAGGUCAGACUUCACCUCCGGAAAGAGAGCAGCCCCAUGAAGACUCAAUGAGAAGGGACAGUCCACUGGCCCCCGUGAUAAAGGCACUGAUUCAGAUGGAGGACACCAAAGUCACAGAGGGACGGGCCCUGACAAAAAACAGCUAUGGUUGUUCAGGGUUGGACAGCAGGAGACCCACAGUAGCGUUUGUGGACGGUAUGAGGGAGUCUGCGCUGGGGAAGGCUGGAGCUGUACUUCGAGCUCAGAGAAGUCUUUCUCCUGAUGGACAUCGUUCCUCAUCUGUACCUCCAAGAGCACAGAGGGCCGGUCCCCCAUCCACACCUACAAAGAGGGAAACUCUACUCCAGCCACUCUCAGCCAGGUCCAGCCCCAAGCGCUGCCCAACAGAGAAUGUUUCAACUGCAUUUGGUCGACCCAUGCAUUGCCAACAACACCUGCAUAACAGGUUUGAUUUGCACUUUGAUCAAACAAGUCCCAGCUCCCCUCGACGCAACUCGAGAACAGCGCUGCAGUUCACGACAGCACAAAGAUCAAAAGUGAAUGUACAGACCAGCUCGGGGUCAGCUCAUCCUACUGAGAGCAGCGAAUCCGAGGAACAAGAGGUUCCAGACCCUGACUUGCUGCUUCACGACCCCGAUGAUGACCUUGCCCUCUCUUAUCACACUCGUGUUCAGUCUCUAGCCGACGCCGAGAAGCUGUUCGAUGAGCUCACGCAGGAGAAACAGCGGAUUGAGGCAGCUCUGAGUCGGAUUCCUGGGGCUGGAGCCAGGGUCACCUUACAGAGCAGACUAGAUAAGGCAUCAUUAGAGAACCGACUGGAGAAAGUGAGUUGUGACUUGGGAUCCAUCCGCAUGACCCUGAAACGAUUCAAAGUUCUCCGCACUUCUACCCACAUCUAGCCGGAAAAUGUGAACGGGAGAUACAGGACGGAUCUUCCACUGUACAUACUGCAUUCUGUACAUGUUGAAUAUUUCUACUUUUGCUAUUGUAGGAGAUUUUUUAUGUUUCUACUGUAUGUUUUACUACACAGUAUAGAUACUGAUUUUAAAGUAUAUUUUGAUACAGAUUUAUAAAAAAACAAAGAACUUUUUAAUGUCAUAAAAACAUGGACGUUGUAUGCUUGACUACUUCAGGUUUGUUAUUUUUUUAGAUGUGCUGUUGUGCCAUGAAAGCAGGACAUUAAGGGCCGGCUUCCCAAAUCAAUAGUAUAUAACUAAAAUACACAUACUGAGCUCUUUAUUUAGAUACACCUACUUGGUAUGUACACCGUUUAGCCAUAACAUUAAAACCAACUCAUUGUUCUUUCUUGUAGUUCUACAAUUACUGAUUGUAGUCCAUCUGUUUCUCUGCAUGCUUUGUUAGCCCCCUUUCAUGCUGUUUUUCAAUGGUCAGGACUCUCCCAGGACCACUACAGAGUAAGUAUUGUUUAGGUGGUGGAUCCUUCUCAGCACUGCAGUGACACUGACAUGGUGGUGGUGUGUUAGUGUGUGUUGUGCUGGUAUGAGUGGAUCAGACACAGCAGCGCUGAUGGAGUUUUUAAACCCCUCACUGUCACUGCUAGACUGAGAAUAGUCCACCAACCAAAAAAUUAUCCAGCCAACAGCGCCCUGUGACCACUGAUGAAGGUCUAGAAGAUGACCAGCUCAAACAGCACCAAUAGAUGAGCGAUCGUCUCUGACUUUACAUCUGCAAGGUGGACCAACUAGGUAGGAGUGUCUAAUAGAGUGGACACGGUAUUUAAAAACUUCAUCAGCGCUGCUGUGUCUGAUCCACCAUCUAAAUAAUACCUGCUCUAUGGGGGUCCUGACCAUUGAAGAACAGGGUGAAAGCAGGCAAAAAAGGUAUGUAGAGACGCCCUGUAGAGACAGAUGAGCUACAGUUAGUAAUUGUAUACCCACUAAGUGGUGGGUCUUGAACCAGCAACUAGUUUGAUUACUAGUCCAGUACCUUAACCGCUAGGCUACAACUGCCCUGACAAAGUGUACAGAGCAACAGAUGAGCUACAGUCAGUAAUUCUAUACCCACUAAGUUCAUCUGUAUGUUUGGUGUAGCUUGAUCAAUAAAGUAGGUGUACCUAAUAAAGUGCUCGGUGAGUGUAGACGUUUUAAAUGGUAAAUCACCACUAAGAGGUGUAUUCUUGUUCAGUAUUAGCAAAAUUAAUGCCUUUACAUUCCAGCAAUCCAUUUGACUGCUUUGUUCUACUACAUGACCAAAAGAAUGUGGACAACCCUCUUAAUUAUUGACUUCAGGUGUUUCAGCCACACCUAUUGCUAACAGGUUUAUGUUUUAUUUGUGGCAGCGCUCGCUCCUGUGCACAAGUUUGAUGUAAAUGAACUGUGGCCUGCAAAGGGUCCUGACUUCAACCCAAAUUGAGAUGAAUAGGAACACUGUAGACGUUUGAAAAGUAAAGGCUGUUGUGUUAUAUUAAUGCUUGUUUUGGACUGGAAUGUCCAACAGACUCAUGGUUAAGUGUCCACAACUUUUGGUUAUAUAGUUUUAUUUGAAAUAUGUUUAUCUGAUGUUUAUAAAACAUCACAUAGAUCUUUUCUUUUAAAAUGACUAUGAAAAGCCGACCAAACCUGCUCACACUUGCAUUCCCUUAACUCUUAUAUUCUCUUCCUCUGUCAGACAUUCCACUUCAUUACUUUUGACCUUUUCCUUCCAAACAGCACAGAUCGUUUACACGCUCUCAUACUAGGCGGACCUCUGUCGGGUAAAGAUGUGAGAAAUACAUUUAAAUGCUUUUGUGUUGCAUGGAAAUUCUAAACCAAGUUCAAUGAGUUAGUUGAAUUCUAAUGAAUAGGGCUGCUACAUUCCCUGUAGCUGGAUCUACUGGAACUAUUUACUUCUGUACCAAGCACCUCAAUAAAGUCCUGCAUAAAGCAAACUGUGA